GGAAUCCCCGCAUUUCGAUCGACCAGCUCACACGAUCAUUUUCAAUCCUUGAUCAAACAACCCACCCGCUCAGCACCAAACAUGGCCCAGCACUCUGACUUUGUCCCAACGUACCCUUCAGUGAACUACUCGUCCCUGUCCAACGACCAACUGGACGCGCUGCGCGCGGGAUCCACCGACGGCGUCGUGCACAUAUUCAACAACAUCGUGUGUCCAUUCGGCCACCGAGCGCUGUGGAUCGCCUUGGAAAUCAACGCGCCAUUUCAGGUCAUUGAAGUGUCCUUGAGUAACCAGCCUGCCUCGUACGGCGAAAAGUUCAACCGAUACGAGACAGUGCCGUUCCUGCUGGAUAACGGAUUCCCCGUGUACGAAUCUUCGAUUGUGGCGCAAUAUUUAGACUCAAAGUUCAACCACGGCAACUUGCACCAGUCCAGUGACCCCCAAGCAGCCUCCGUGGUGCAGCUGGCGACGGCCAAGUUCGAAGCUAGACCGUUCUACGUGUACUUGCAAGUGGGGGGGGGCAGGGCGGAGGCCGACGUGCGCGACGUGCUCACCGAGCUCGAGACCAUUUACAGCCAGCAUGGCAAGGAAGGUCCGUACUUGCUCGGAGGCACCCUCAGCAGCGCCGAAAUCAACCUUGUGCCCUUCUUCUUCCGGUUCAACGUCCUGUUGAAGCAUUACCGCAAGGUGGACCUGUUUGCUGAUUACCCCCGCUUGAAGGCGGCGCUGGACGCGGCGGUCGUCCGGCCUGCAUUCCAGCAAACCGCGCGUGAGCCCCAGUAUUACAUCGAUGCGUACGCUGGCCUCGUCAGCCGUGCUGCCACCCGUUAAUUCGAACAUAACUAUGCAGUGGUGUUCGAUUCAAAACGUUAACGUUGUUUCUGUUUGACGGCAAUGCCACCCACACUUCAACUCC